GGAUGCGAGCCAGUGUCUUGUUGGUCAAAGUCCAGAUCGGUCUCGGUGUGCUCAGUAUCCCUGCUGCCCUUGACUCUCUGGGCUAUGUGCCUGCCAUUCUCCUCAUCAUUGCUGCCUGCGCGAUUAUAUCAUGGGCCAACUACAUUGUCGGUGUCUUUAAGCUACAUCACCCUGAAGUGUACACCCUUGCCGAUGUCGGUCAGAUCAUGUUUGGCCCCAUCGGACGCGAAAUAUUCGGCUUCUUCUACUGGAUCCAGCUCGUUGCCGUCGCCGGCGCCGGUCUGAUCGCCUGUUCCGUCGCUUUCAACGCCAUGUCUGAGCAUGGCGCCUGCACCAUCGUAUUCGUCGUCAUCGCCGCCAUCAUCAACAUCCUCGUCUCUUCCAUCCAGACCCUCCACAAGAUCUCUUGGAUGGGCUGGGUCGGCCUCAUCUGUAUCCUUUCGUCCAUCAUCACCUUGACCAUCGCCGUCGGUGUUCAGGACAGGCCCAGUGCGGCGCCCCAGACAGGGCUGUGGGAUAAGGAUAUCAAGGUGAUCAACAACCCGGGAUUCAUCUCUGGUAUCGCCACCAUGUCCAACAUCUUCUUUUCCUUUGCCGGUACCCCUGGCUUUUUCAACGUCAUUGCUGAAAUGAAGAACCCUAAAGACUACAACAAGGCCAUGAGCACCUGUAUGGUCUUCGUUCUCGCUGUCUACCUCAUCUUGGGUUGCACAAUCUACCACUUUUGCGGCCAAUACAUCGCCUCCCCCGCCCUCGGCUCUGCCGGUCCCCUGAUGAAGAAGGUAACGUACGGCCUCGCCCUUCCCGGACUCAUCAUGUCCUGCGUGCUCAACACCCACUUGCCCGCCAAGUACGUCUUUGUCCGCGUCAUGCGAAACAGCCGACACUUGUCUGCCAACACCGUUACCCACCGUGUCGCCUGGUUGGCCUGCGUAUUCGGCUCUUGUGCCGUCUCCUUCGUCAUCGCCGAAGGCAUCCCCGUCUUCUCCGACCUCAUCUCCCUCAUUGGCGCCCUCAUCGCUACGCCCAACUGCAUCGUCUUUGAAGGGAUGAUGUUCAUCUAUGACCUCCGAGUCAACCCUGAGAAGUACCCCAACAGGCAAAAGUGGUGGCACAAGUUGAUGCAAACGAUGAACUGGGCGGUGAUGAUUGGCUUUGGGCUCUUCGCCACGGUCGCGGGCACCUAUGCGACGGCGAUCACGAUAAAGAACGAUGCUGCUUUUGGCGCGUCCAGCGGAUCGUUCUCUUGUGCCGACAACUCUUCUUCAUAG